GACUGUGGUGUGGGGUGGGGAAGAAAUGACUUGUGGGAUGCGAAGUAGCCGGCGGCAAGAGAGGCAGAGGAGGUUGAUUGACACACAGAGAGAAACGUCAGGGAGCGCAGCGGGAAAUAAAAGAAGGAGAGUUAUAAAACAUCCAGCUUUACGGUUAAUUUAAAGCCUCGCAGACAUUUCGAUCUGCGCACACGAACAGCGGAUACCGAGCGGAAGAAAAAAAAAGUUCAGAUCCCACGAAUCAGCGCGUGGGAGUGGGAAGCAGGAUCGUGACUGACUGAGGCAAGCUCCACUGUCUGUCUCGUUAUGGCAGGUCCUGGAGGUGACAUGCAGUGGUGCUUCUCUCAGGUGAAAGGAGCAAUCGAUGAUGACGUAGCUGAGGCGGACAUUAUAUCUACAGUUGAAUUUAACCACACAGGGGAGCUGCUGGCCACAGGAGACAAGGGUGGACGCGUAGUCAUCUUCCAACAGGAAAUAGAGAACAAAAAUCAGCCUCAGUUCCGGAGCGAGUACAAUGUUUACAGCACUUUUCAGAGCCAUGAGCCAGAGUUUGACUACCUGAAGAGUUUGGAAAUAGAAGAGAAAAUCAACAAGAUUCGCUGGCUUCCUCAGAAGAAUGCUGCUCAGUUCCUGUUGUCAACUAAUGAUAAAACGAUUAAAUUGUGGAAAAUCAGUGAACGAGACAAGAGGCCAGAGGGCUACAAUCUCAAAGAGGAGGAUGGGCGCUACAAGGACCCUAACACUAUCACAUCUUUGCGGGUACCAGUUUUAAAACCCAUGGACCUCAUGGUGGAAGCCAGUCCACGGAGGGUGUUUGCCAACGCUCACACCUACCAUAUCAACUCUGUCUCAGUCAACAGCGACAACGAGACCUACCUGUCUGCAGACGACCUCCGCAUCAACCUCUGGCACCUCGAGAUCACUGACCGCAGCUUCAAUAUUGUUGACAUUAAACCGGCUAACAUGGAGGAACUUACAGAGGUGAUCACAGCAGCAGAGUUCCACCCUCAUCAAUGUAACACCUUCGUUUACAGCAGCAGCAAAGGAACCAUCCGACUGUGUGACAUGAGAGUUUCAGCGCUAUGUGACAAGCACUCAAAGUUGUUUGAGGAACCAGAAGAUCCAAGUAAUCGCUCCUUUUUCUCUGAGAUCAUAUCAUCAAUCUCAGAUGUUAAAUUUAGCCACAACGGACGCUACAUGAUGACUAGAGACUACUUGUCUGUAAAGAUUUGGGACCUGAAUAUGGAAAACAGGCCUGUGGAGACAUAUCAGGUUCAUGAGUACCUGAGAAGCAAGCUGUGCUCGCUAUAUGAGAAUGACUGCAUCUUUGACAAGUUUGAAUGCUGCUGGAAUGGCAAUGACAGUGUGGUGAUGACCGGCUCAUAUAACAACUUCUUCAGGAUGUUCGAUCGCGGCCACAGACGGGAUGUGACAUUGGAGGCGUCCCGUGAAAACAGCAAGCCCAUGCAGGUCCUGAAGCCCCGCAAGGUGUGCACAGGCGGCAAACGCAAAAAGGAUGAAAUCAGCGUGGAUAGUUUGGACUUCAAUAAGAAGAUCCUGCACACUGCCUGGCAUCCCCAGGACAACAUCAUUGCGGUGGCAACGACCAACAACCUCUACAUAUUCCAGGAUAAAGUGAACUAAUUGCAGGGUGAGCUUGUCACAUCUGGCGUGGGUGAUGUCAUUUGUAACCACCCGCAGCCACACAGCCUCAUCCAGGGCGAUCUGUGGUGGUAAUGCCGACAACCAGCAUCCCUGUCCGGCCCUACUGAGGUACCAGACUUUGCCACUAGAUGUGGACAGAGGAGGACUUGCUCUUGCCCAUCAUCAGUCUGUCUGUGGCAGAGUGAUGCCUGUCUUGUUGUUAAGUGAUGUUGUGCCAAUUUCUUUCUCUUCAUCAUUUUUUUUUUUUCUUUUGCCAACCUGCCUGCCCUUUACUUUUCUAAUGUGGGUGAAACAAGUUUAAUUUCCUUAAAAUUCUGAAUACAGACACACUUAUUUUUAUAAAUAUCCCCCAUCCCCUAAAAUGGUAGAAAAUGAAAAACACCUAGUUUGUCCCAUUAUUAUCCUGUGCCAUUGUAGUGUUUACUUUUCUAAGAAAAGUUUGACCUUUGUUUUGUGUACACUUUUUUUUUUCACUAAUUCAUCAGUUCUGCUGUCUGGUUUUGUUGAGUGUCUUCACAUUUCCUUUUUUUCAUUAAACCAUACAUUCAUCACAACUUGCUGCUCAUCUUGGACACAUCCAGGAUUUUGAGAAGUACAGUGUUUUUUGCUUUCUGGGGGUUGUUUUUUGUUGUCCGCUCAGAUUUGGUCCAGUGAGGUUUUUGUCCUGCUUGCUGUUUCUGUCACUGUGCCUCAGGCUCUGGUUGGCCAAACAGGCCCAAACUCAGUAAGACCUCCUUCUUUUUGGUUUUUGUUUGUUUUUUUGUUUCCCCUUGGGUGUGUGUGUGUGUGUGUGUGUGUGUGUGUGAGUGUAUCGUGAUAUUUUUGUGCAUUAGCUCCUCUUCCUCCUGUUUUUUUUUUUGUUUUCUCUUGUCUUCAAUAAUAGUCAGGUAUCAGAGAAGGCCUAUUCAAAGAUAAUUAUGAUGGUCAUAUUUAUAUUAAAAAGGUUAAAGAGUCAACAGGUUUGUUCCGUCCUAUUUUGUGAGAUGAAGCCUGACCUUUUUCUUUUUUUUGAGGGGGGAUGGAUUUUUAACCCCCCAGUUCUGUACCACAGCAUUCAGUUCAAGCUGCACUUCACAACAGGGAAGAACAUCUGAUUUGACACUGGACUUUGUUGCUGCACCAACUCAAGUACUUGGAUGUCUGUGAUGUGAGACUGCAAUUUUUUUUUUUUUUUUUUUAAGAAAAGAUUUGAGGCAUUACAGUGUUUAAACUACUGCAGAUGUAACUGAUACUGUAACUGUGACGGUGCAAUGAGCCUCACAGAAGAUCUGCAGCACUUGGAUGUCUCCACACCCUAUUUAAAAAGUGGACAGUUAAGACUAUAUUGAUGCCUCUAGUAAUGUAUAACUACAAUUUUAAUCAAUGACAGUGGGGGAAAAAAAUAAAGGAACUACUUUUUGCAUC